UGUGUGUGUGCGUGUGUGUGUGUUAGCGUGUGCGUGUGGUUUUCACAAAUGAAAAUCAAUAUUAAUCGUUAACACGUAUCAAUAAAUCACAGUGUAUUCAUCAACAUUUAAUUUUUUUUUUCAUUUCAUUUCAUUUUCUACAUAAUCAUUUUAUAUAUCCAGAAAACAACAACAACAACAAGAAAAAUAAUCAUUAACGCCCAAUCAUCUAAUCGAAUUGAAUAAUGCUGCUACGACACUGUUUCUGUGUGCCAUUCAUCAUCAAUCAUCGAUCAUUGAUCUGAUUUAAAUCAUCAUCAUCAUCAUUCGGUUAUUAAUAUUAUUAGUGUCAUUCACGUUCUCAGGAUAAAUCGGAUUUUUUUUUCGAAAAACAAAUUCUAUUCAAUCAAAUUAUUGACUAAUCUAACUCCAAAAAAAAUAAAUACAAUGGAUUAUCAUCACCGUUUAAAUCAAUUUCAUAAAAUGUCCAGAUCAAUAUUUGUGACCAUCACAAUGAUGAUGAUCAUCAUCAUUGUAAUGGCCAAUGGACAACAAAAUCCAACAAUAUCAUUUAUAACAAAAGAACGUGUUACAAGCAUUGGUGAUACAUUAGAUCUAUCUUGUUCGGUGCAAUAUGCAAAAAAUUAUCCUGUUAUAUGGGCAAAAAUUGAUCAAUUCAAUCCAUCGAAAAUAUUAUUUAUAUCCAAAGGUGCAUCAUUAAGUGUACCGGAUCAUCGUUAUUCUAUUCGCCAUGAUGAUGCAUCAUCAACCUAUACAUUACAGAUAUCAAAAAUCCAAGAAAUUGAUGCCGGCAUCUAUCAAUGUCAGGUGGUCAUUUCACCAUCAUCAAGAGUAACAGCUAACGUCAAUGUCUAUGUACGAAUACCGCCAGUAAUUAGUGAUAACAGUACACGUAAUAUGAUAACAUCGACAGGUGAAUCAAUUCAAUUGGAAUGUUAUGCAUUUGGUUAUCCACAGCCAAGUAUUAGUUGGCGUCGUGAAAAUAAUGAUCUUUUACCAACCGGUGGUUCAUUGUAUAAAGGAAAUAUAUUAAUUAUACAUAAUAUAACGAAAUCUGAUCGUGGAACAUAUUAUUGUAUUGCCGAUAAUAAUGUUGGAUCUGGUGCACGACGUAAUGUUGUUGUUGAGGUAGAAUUUCCACCAAUUGUACAUGUUGAACGUUUCCAUUAUGAACAGGCCGUUAGUUAUGAUAUCAAUCUUCAAUGUACUGUUGAAAGUUAUCCAUCAUCAACGAUUCGUUGGCUAAAAGAUGGCGUAGAGAUCCAGGAUUCAUCAUAUUAUCAAAUGUCAAUAUUUACUACAUCACAUGAUUUCACUGAUUCAGUGUUAAGGAUUAGAAAUAUACAGCCACAACAUUUUGGCAAUUAUAUUUGUCAUGCAACAAAUAAACUUGGAUCCAAUCAACAGGUUAUUGAAUUGAUUGAAUCAUCAACACCUGUUUGUCCACCAGCUUGUAUUGGUGAAUUUUCUGGUUAUGGUUAUGGUUCUAGUACAACUACUACGACAAUCAACUAUUAUCAAUUGACAAUAUUAUUGCUAUUUACAUCAUUAUUAAUCAAAUCGAUUAAUUUAUUGCAAUAUUAUUGAUCCAAACAAAAAGGAAACAAAAAAAAUUCAUUUCGAUCAUCAUUAUCAUCAUCAUCAUCGUUAUUGAAGUCAUUAUCAAGCCAUUGUCAUAUUACGGUUGCAUUUUUUUUCAAUUUUCAAUCAAUACGCACACACACACACACACAAAAUAUAAUUUGUAUAAAUUUUUAACUUGUUUUUAAAUAUAUCAAAAUUUGUAUAGCAAAAUAACCAGUGACCACUGCGAUUAUAAUCGACAACAAAAUUCCACUAAAACGAAAAAAACCAAUUCAUGACACACGUAAUAUUUGACAAGAAUAAUUUUUUUUUGUUCUUCAUCACACACCUCUAUUCCAACGAGUAAACAGGAGAAAAACAGUGAAAAAAAUAUUAUUUAUUUCGUGUUAAAAU